AUGCAAUUUGAACAUAAUUUUUAUUUUGGAUAUUAUACAUACCUUGGGUACGGCCCCGAUACAGUAAGAGUCAAAAAUGGGGCUACUGUUAAGGUCCAAAUAUAUCUAUAUUAUGAAUAUUAUUCAACUAUUACUGAGUGGGGGCCGUACCUAGUACAUACCCCAACACCUGUCCCCUUGAGCGGCGAUGGGCAGGCGACGCUUUUGGCACAGGUGAAGGCGCUCUUCCAGGCCGUUCAGAGUCCGCCGUUUCAAGCCACCUUUCGCCACCUGACUGGUGGGGCGAAGCGCGCCAAGGAGGCCUUCCUGCUCCAAGCGGCGCUUUGCCUGAAAAGGGGCAGCCAGAACAACUACUGGGACCAGCCGGAGCUCAGUGAGCUCGCUGGGAAGCUGCGCAGAUCUUUCUUCUAUGUCGAGGGCUACGGGGAGCUGAUGGACGACUGGCUGCAGAGCCGGGUCAAGAAGCUGAACGAGGACUUCCUGCAACGCGCCGUGACCAUGCUUGGGAACAGCCUGCCAGCAGUGCUCACUCGGCUGCGGCAGAUCUUCAGGCCCGGCCGGUGGAUAUUCCUCUGCGACCCGAGAUUGGAGGGUGACUUGAUCAACUUGUUUGAUGAGGACACGUUCCCGCGUCAUGUGUUAACCUCCGCCACCAUCACCCAAGUCCUGGAACGAGUGCCAGCACUGGGUGGCGACGAUUUCCACAUCUACAACGACAUCGUUCGGUCCCCACCGCUGCAAGCGCCCCUCUCCAGCGGGCCCAUGGACCUCAUCGAGUCCGCGCUGAUGGAGGUCCUACGCCGGCUUCCGGGCUUCCCCCCGCUGCUGCGCCUCCUGCCGGGACCGGGGCACUACCGAUUUGGCCGUGUGGAGGUGCUCUUCCAGCUGGCGGGCACGGACCUCGCGGCACGCGUCCUCUCAUCUCCCAACGCUGCGAUGCCAGAGGUCCUGAGAGCCCUGGAUUUCUUCGUGCAGUUUGGUCCACAAGAAUUCCCCAGUGCAGCGGUCGAAGCCGUCCGAACCUCCGACUCCAUGCAUCUCUGCCCUACCACCAGCAUCCAGGAUCUCGGAGCACCUUUAGCUGCUCCGGGGCUCCUACGGCCGCCGAUGAGCUUCGGCGUGGCCAUGGUCGCUCCCAUGGCUGUGCCCCCCCCCGGCAUGGCUGUGGGCUUGGCUCCACCGGCCCCGGCGCCCAUGAUCCCCUUCGUGCGCCCGAAGUUCGGGAUCGAUGUUCUGAGUCCUCAUCCACUCUGGACGAGCGAGAUGGCAUCCGUUCGCUUCAUUGAAAAGGCAUCAGCUUUUGGCAUAUCCGAUUUUCCAAGACCCAGCAUUGAUGGUGCCUGGCCAGCGUACGUCCUGAUGGCGAAGGCUAAAGGCAUUGCGAUCCGAAGAGAUGACACCAGAAGAAUGGAGGAGGAGGCAAAGCAGAUGGAGGCAAAGUUGGAGCUGCUAAGACGCACAAUGGAUGUGGCUGAGCAGUCCGCAAAGGGUGCGGAUGCUGGAAGGUGGCGUAGCGGAGCGGGUGGCAAGCCCCUCACAAAAGGCUACAUCAAGAGUGUGCUGGAGGCACGGCCUCCCAAGCGAAGCCCGAAGUCGCCGACGGAGUCAGCUGGCAAUGACAGCACGCCACAGGGCAAGGAAGAGGUGCCUCUUGUCCCGGCCAGCAAGCUGGUGAGUUCAAGCCCUUCCGGCGUCGGCGGAAAGGCAGCUGCUAACCUUCAGGCCGCCAUGCUGCAACAGAACCGAGAGGCCCUGGAGGUGGAGGCAUUCCUGUGCUCCUUGAAGCUCGACAGGUAUGUCAGCCUCUUUAUGGAGCACGGCUUCGAUUGCAUGGAGGUGGUCAAGGAAAUGCAGGAGCAGCACAUGCAGCAGGUGGGCAUGGCCGCCGGGCACAUCCUCAAGUUGAGGAAGCGCCUCUCUGAAAUGGCUCCCUCGAGAAGCACCCCCGAAGGCAGGAAGUCGAGCACGUCAGGCCGACGCGUCACCUUCGGAGCUGCGGAGGUUGAGGCGCAGUUGCCUGUGCACAGCCAGAAGACCGCAGAGGAAGCAGGAGACUCCUCGAAUCUGCUGGCGGGAACCUUUGAUGAGGAGGAGUCUGCCGCAAGCUUCCAGGAAGCCUUAAGGGCUUGGCGGGGAGGUACGGACCCUUCUCCAGCCGCGGUGCAGGAACCGAGCGCAGCCCCUAAGGCCGUCGGGUCCUUCUGGUCCAGUCUGGGUGACAGCGAAGUGAACCUGGAGCGUGCCAGCACUCCGGUGAAACCACCGGCAGAGUCCAUCUCGACAGAGACGCAGGGCAGCGCAUCACCCAACGGGGAGAAGCUUUGUUGUUACCAGUGCUUCAAGCAGUUCUACGCUCGGUAUGCGGUGGAAAGAGAGGUGCCGCCGGAAUUUGGCGGUGGCUGCAAGCGCCUGUGUUCCGAGGCCUGUGCGGAAGCCUGGGCUGAAGCCAUGCGGGCGAAGGUGGAGGCCGUCCGGCAGCGCCAGACAAAGCUGGAGCAGAUGUGGGAGAUGGAGCGGGCAUUGGAAGCAGGGGAGACAGGAGAGGCCAAGGUGACGGAGGAGGUUGUCGCUGCUUCCGCUGAAGAUGCUGCGAGCUAG